AUGCAGGAACCACUGCCGGAACCUGUGUCUUCUGGAAAUGGAAUGGACGCCUUCCCUGCUCAUGCAGCUUCCGCCAAAUCGCUGAGUGCGAGCUACGCAUUACGUGUGCCACAGCGCGGGGUGCUCCCGGAUGGGUCUGCGUCGAACCUCUCUAGCAGUUCUCUGUACAUCAUGAAGCUGGUGCGGGAGUACCUGGAGGCGGAGGGUGGCGCGGCGCCGCGCAGCCCGUAUGCCGCCGAGGAGGAGGUGGGCGUGGCGCGCCGGCGCCUGCCGCCGCCACCGUCCCCGCCGCCACCCAGGAGGCUGGCGGCCGCGUCGUCGACGAUGAGGCAGCCGCUGCUGGCCACGUCGCGCGACCACUCGCUGCUGCAGGCGCUGGUGCGCUCCUACCAGGCCCGCGGACACCUCGCCGCGCGCAUCGACCCGCUCGGCGUGUGGUUCUCUGGCUCCUCGGACAGCGCGGCCGUGGGGGCGGAGCGCUGGCGGCGGCUGCUGCCUCCGGACGCAGACCUGGACACGAUCUACUGCCUGCCCGAGACCACGUUCGUGGGCGGCGGCGAGACCGACCGCCUGCCGCUGCGCGAGAUCAUUGCCCGGCUCGAGCUUGACGAGUUAAUGGAGCGUUUCGGGGGUGUCGAGAUAGUGUCGACACUUAGCUUAUUAGUGAUACCAGAAAAGAAAGCGUCGGUCGCUGCAACUUGGCGUUGCGUGUGCCGGCAGGCGGCUUACUGCGGGCCGGUGGGCGCCGAGUACCAGCUGACCGACUCGUUCGAGCAACGACAGUGGCUGCGCCAGCAGCUGGAGCCGCCGCAGAACGCGCUGCUGUCGGCCGCCGUGCGCAGGCGCGCGCUCGACAAGCUGAUCGCGGCGCACGCCUUCGAGAACUUCCUGUCCGCCAACUGGGGCAGCGUUCGCAGAUUCGGCAUCGAAGGGUGCGAGGUGCUGGUGCCGGCGCUGUGCCAGCUGAUGGAGGGCGCGGCCGCGCUGGGCGUCGACACGUUCCAGCUGGGCAUGGCGCACCGCGGCCGCCUCAACGUCAUGGCCAACGUGUGCCGCGCGCCGCUCCACAAGCUCUUCGCGCUCUUCGUCAGCCUGCCGUUCGCCGACAGCGGCUCUGGCGACAUCAAGUACCACCUGGGCACGCACCAGCAGUUCGAGAGCGGCAGCACCGGCCGCCCGAUCCGCGUCGCGCUGCUGGCCAACCCUUCGCACCUGGAGGCGGUCUGCGCCGUCGUCAUGGGCCGCACGCGCGCGCUGCAGCUAUAUAGAAAAAAUUGGCGGGCAGUGCAGGUGAUGUCGAUCCUGGUACACGGCGACGCGGCGCUGGCGGGGCAGGGCGUGGCGUACGAGUGCGCGCAGCUGUCGCGGCUGCCGGCUUACGGCGUGGGCGGCACGGUGCACGUGGUGCUCAACAACCAGGCGGGCUUCACGGCGGAGCCCACCGCGUCGCGCUCCUCGCGCUACUGCACCGACGUGUUCCGCGUGACGGGCGCGCCCGUGCUGCACGUCAACGCAGACAGCCCGGACGCCGUGGUACGCUGCUGCCGCAUCGCCGCCGCCUUCCGGCACAAGUUCGCCAGGGACAUCGUCGUCGACGUCGUCUCGUACCGCCGCCACGGACACUCCGAGCACGACGACCCGUCCGUCACGCAGCCGCACAGGUACAAAAUGAUCCGAAAAAAGGCUCCAGUGACCGAAUACUAUCAAGAAAAAUUAAUUUCAGAAGGUCUGCUAUCCAAAGAGGAAGCUGAAGCAAUCUGGAGCAAAUACGACACACUUUUCAAACAGGAAAUGUCAAGGGCGCAGCGCGAGACGAGCCACCGGCUGCAGGACUGGAGCGACCUGCCGGCGCCGCGCCAGCCGCCCGCGGAGGCGUGUGCGCCGCUCGCCUUCCCCGUGACGGGGCUGCGCGCCGACGUGCUGCAGGCCGUGGCAGAGGCCGUGCUCACGCCGCCCGCCGCCAUGCAGCUCCACACACAGGUACUGCAGAUGCUGUCUUCACGGCUAUCAAAGCUGCGGCAAGGCGUGAUCGACUGGCCGACGGCAGAGAUGCUGGCUGUGGCCACCCUGUUGCGCCAGGGAUUCCCCGUGCGUUUCACGGGCCAGGACGUCGAGACCGGCACCUUUAGCCAAAGGCACUGGAGCAAGCAGUGUGUGGUGCGACAGGUGCUGCACGACCAGCGGGCGGAGGGCCAGCGGCGCACGCCCCUGCGCGAGGUGCCGGGCGCGCGCGCGCAGCUCGAGCUGUCCAACAGCCCCGUGUGCGAGUACGCCGCGCUCGGCUUCGAGGUGGGCUUCGCGUCGGCCAACCCGCGCCAGCUGGUCGUCUGGGAGGCGCAGUUCGGCGACUUCUGCAACCUCGCGCAGCCCGUCAUCGACCAGUUCCUGGCCGCCGGCGAGGCCAAGUGGGGCCGCUCCUGCGGGCUCGUCCUCAUGUGUCCACACGGUCUAGAAGGCGAAGGCCCGGAGCACUCGAGCGCGCGCGUCGAGCGCUUCCUGCAGCUGUGCGCCGACGACGCGCAGCGCGCCAAGGAGCUGGCCAAGCCCGGCGCCUUCCUGCAGCAGCUGCGCGACACCAACCUCCAGGUGGUGUGCUGCUCGUCGCCGGCCAACCUGUUCCACGCGCUGAGGAGGCAGGUCGCCAUGCCGCUACGCAAGCCGCUGGUGCUGCUCACCCACAAGGCGCUGCUACGGCACCCGGACAUGCUCUCUAGCCUCUACGACAUCGCGGAGGAUACGCAGUUUCAGCGGCUUCUACCUGAACGAGACUGCAGCAAGGAACAAGCAGCACUGUUCACCAAGCUGCUGUUCUGCAUGGGAAGAGUUUAUUACGACCUAUGUGAAGAGCGCAAGUUUCAAGGACUGACUGACGCCAUCGCCCUCGCGCGCAUCGAGCAGCUGUGCCCCUUCCCGUACGACCGCGUGCUGGCCGAGGUGCAAAGGUUCCCCAACGCGACCCUCUACUGGGUGCAGCAGGAGCACAAGAAUCAGGGCGCCUGGAGCUACGUGCGCGAGCGGCUCUGCUCUCUGUUGCCUGACCACGAGCUGCAGUACGUGGGGCGGCCGCCGGCCUCUGCGCCCGCCACGGGCUCCUCGUGGAAGCACCACCUGGAGGAGCGCACGCUGCUGGAUCAGGCCAUGCAGCUCGCCACAGAGAAGGCCGCCGAGUGACGUAGGCCGCCGUCGCUGGCUGAAGCAGUUCGGCCG